GGAAGGGGGAGCGGGGCCGCCGGGCCGCCAGCAUCCCCCCGGGCCGCCCGCGCCGGACCCGCACCCGCGCGGGGCGCUCCCCGCCCCCGUCGCCCCGGGCCGGGCCACCUCCUCACCCCCCGCCCCAUCCCUCGUCUCCCGGUCUGUUUGUCUCGGGCCGGUUCCGUCCUCCCGGGACCGGGAACGGACUGGGGGCCCCGGGGAAGGGGCCUGGGAGGCCCUCCCCGCCGUCUCGCCCCUUCCCUCGCCGGCAUGAGCCCCCGGCUGUGACCCCCACGGCGGGGAGGGGGCCGGGGUCCAUGCUCGCAGCCUCCGCACGGCCCGGCGCCUGCCGCUGACGGCGGCGGGGGUGGGGGGGCCGGGCACCCAGCCUCCUGCCCCACCCCCUGGCGUCGGCCCCGCGGGCCGUCGGGGGCCGCUGCCCCCGACUGCGCCCUGCCCGCCGGCCAGGCCCUGGAGGCGCCCCGAAGCUGCCGCCGGCAUCAGCCCAUGGCCCGGAGGUACAAUGAGCUGCCCCACUACCCAGGCAUCGCGGAUGGCACUGCAGCCCUGGCUGGCUUCUCAGAGGCAGCGCCUCCAGCACCCAGAGCUCCUGGGCCCUACGGCCCUCACCGGCCUCCGCAGCCCCCACCCCCGGGCUUGGAUGGCGAGGGCCUGAAGAGGGAGAAGGAUGAGAUCUAUGGGCACCCGCUCUUCCCGCUGCUGGCCCUGGUCUUUGAGAAAUGUGAGCUGGCCACCUGCUCUCCCCGAGAUGGGGCUGGACUGGGCACACCCCUGGGCGGUGACGUCUGCUCCUCCGACUCCUUCAACGAGGACAUUGCCGCCUUCGCCAAGCAGGUCCGCUCCGAGAGGCCCCUCUUCUCCUCCAACCCAGAGCUGGACAAUCUGAUGAUCCAGGCCAUUCAGGUGCUCCGGUUCCACCUGCUGGAGCUGGAGAAGGUCCACGACCUGUGCGACAACUUCUGUCACCGCUACAUCACCUGCCUCAAGGGAAAGAUGCCCAUCGACCUGGUCAUCGAGGAUCGGGAUGGCGGCUGCAGGGAGGACCUCGAGGACUACCCAGGCUCCUGCCCCAGCAUCCCAGACCAGAAUAAUGCGUGGAUGAGAGACCACGAAGACAGCGGAUCUGUAUACUUGGGGACCCCGGGCCCAUCUAGCGGGGGCCUGGCCUCCCAGAGUGGGGACAACUCCAGUGACCAAGGAGACGGGCUGGACACAAGCGUGGCAUCUCCCAGUUCUGGGGGAGAGGACGAGGAGCUGGACCAGGAGCGGCGGCGGAACAAGAAAAGGGGCAUCUUCCCCAAGGUGGCCACCAACAUCAUGAGAGCCUGGUUGUUCCAGCACCUCUCGCACCCGUAUCCCUCGGAGGAGCAGAAGAAACAGCUAGCGCAGGACACGGGGCUCACCAUCCUGCAAGUGAACAACUGGUUCAUUAAUGCCCGGAGACGCAUCGUGCAACCAAUGAUAGAUCAAUCCAACCGCACAGGGCAGGGUGCAGCCUUCAGCCCAGAGGGCCAGCCCAUGGCGGGCUACACGGAGACACAGCCACACGUGACUGUCAGGCCAGCAGGACCGAUGGGGAUGAGUUUGAACCUGGAAGGGGAGUGGCAUUAUCUAUAGAGGCUGGAGUCGGGAGGGGGCCUCCAGCCUCCAGACUGUGACCACCAGGCCCACACCGUGUUCCGGUCCCCACCGCUGGCUUCAGGACCCUACCCUCCACGGCCCUCCCACUCAACACCUACCUCCCUGGGGCCCCACCGGGACAUGGGGGGUCUGAGUGCCCACUCCGGGGUCUCUGAAGGACAAAGACAGAGCCUCUAGGCUCAGCGCCCCACUUCUCCCCUCACCUCUGCCCAGAACCCCAGCUGCGAUCCUGGGUCAUCGGAAGAUGGUGGCUGGGACCCCACCUCCAGGACAGAGAUGGAAUUGGGGGUGGGCUGGGGCCGUCACGGGAGGAGGGUCACCCGGAUCCGAUAUUUGGGGAGGUUCCCUUCAUCCUCCUAACCCACUCCCCUCCUCUCUGCCCCUACCUCCCUUCUCUGAUGUCUUCUACUUUUUUUUUUUAAUGAUAAAA